AUUCUUGCAGAAACCGGCCAUCCAAACGUGACAAAAGCGCCGCUCUUCCCAAAAGAUCUGUUCACCAAAGAACAGUUAGAAAAUGGCGCUGUCAUAUGUCACAUCAUUGGCGUUAUUUACAUGUUUGUAGCGCUCGCCAUUGUUUGUGACGAAUUCUUUGUGCCUUCCCUGGACGUGAUCAUCGAAAAACUGGACAUCACGGACGAUGUAGCCGGAGCUACAUUUAUGGCAGCCGGAGGUAGUGCGCCAGAACUCUUCACCAGUGUCAUUGGCGUAUUCAUCUCAUUCGAUGAUGUUGGCAUUGGUACAAUUGUCGGUUCGGCUGUCUUCAACAUUCUCUUCGUGAUCGGCAUGUGUGCGCUAUUUUCCAAAACUAUAUUAGAGCUCACGUGGUGGCCACUAUUUCGAGAUUGCACCUUCUACAGUCUGAGUUUGAUGGUGCUAAUCUACUUUUUUCGUGAUAAUUUCAUAUAUUGGUGGGAAGCGCUAAUCCUGUUUGGCAUUUAUAUAGCGUACGUGACCUUCAUGAAGUGGAAUGUGCAAGUGGAGCGCUUCGUGAAGCGGCUGGUUACGAAAAAUAAGGGUAAUGCCGCGAACUCAUCAGAAACAUCAAUGGCCACACAACCAGGCGGUUCGGUAACAUCACGGGCCGCUUCGGAGACACGCUCAGGACCGCCAGGAUCGAGCAGCGGGGCGGGCGCAACAGGUAAUAGCAGUGGUGGAACUGCUGGUAGUACACACACCGGUGCAAAAUUCCGUCAUGGCCUAUUGCAGCUUAUGAUACACACAAUAGAUCCGCUACAUGAUGAUGAUGUUCCAGGCAAGGUGGACGAGAAGGCGACUCAACUGCAUGCGAUCGCCUCGCUCAAGGUACUGCUCGAUGCAACGAAACCGCAACGCGGCGGCGCCACCACAUCGGCUGCCAAUCAUGUCAAGAUCAAUUUGAAGGAGACGACAUUAGCCGAUCGUCCGAAUGGCAAUAUUGAUACAACACUGGACUCGGUAAGUGGCAAUUGUUUUGUUCCAAUUAAACUUACAUAUAUGAAAUUCAACAUUCUUUCGACACUAUUAAAAACUUUAUACUCGUAGAUAAGUAUUUAGUUA